AUGCAGCUCGUCCCCUCUCGCUUCGCGCUCCAUGCGCUACGUACCCUCGCGCGCCCAUACACACCAGCAAGCAGCAGCAGCAGCAAAACAACAUCAGCCCUGCCAUUAUUCAAAGCCAGCUCCCUCGCCCGCAAACCCAACGUCCUCUUCCUCGCACCGAGCCCAUCCAAACGCACAUUCACGACCACGCCCACUCUCUCCACAACAUUGAACCAAGUAAGAUGCCACGGCCGCAAACCCAAGAAGGCACGCCGACAGGACUCGCCUGCGCUGCGAAACCGUCCAGAGAUGAAAGGAGUGUGCCUGAAAGUAGGCAUCACGAAGCCCAAGAAGCCAAAUUCCGGACAGCGCAAAACCGCAAAGGUCAGACUGACCUCUGGCAAGAUUAUCAGCGCUUAUAUCCCUGGCGAGGGCCAUAAUGUGCAGCAGCAUAGUGUUGUGCUAGUGCGUGGUGGAAGAGCUCAGGAUUGUCCUGGUGUCGGUUAUCAUGUUGUGAGGGGGCAUUUGGAUUUG